AUGGACGCCCUCAAAUCAGCCAUCCAGCCCAUCACGCACAACCUCCCCGAGCCCAUCCGCGACCUGGGCAUCUCCAUCCUCGGCGACACAUGCUACAAGUCCCUCCUCCUUGACGUGAACAUUGAGGACGCCGACUGCCUCAAGCUCGCCAUUUCCAAGGCCCUCGGUAUCGGUAUCAUCGCCGCCUCGUCCAUCGUCAAGGUGCCCCAGAUCCUCAAGCUUGUCAACUCAAAGUCGGCCGAGGGCGUCUCCUUUCUGUCCUACCUCCUCGAGACGACAUCGUACCUUAUCUCGCUCGCCUACAAUGUCCGGAACGGCUUCCCCUUCAGCACCUUUGGCGAGACGGCCCUGAUUGUCGGCCAGAACGUUAUCAUCUCGGUUCUGGUGCUCAACUACAGCGGCCGCGCUAGUCUUGCUGCUGUCUUUGUCGCUGCGCUCGCUGGCACGGUCGCUGCGCUGUUUGCCGAGAACGUUGUCGACAGCCAGGUCCUUAGCUAUCUCCAGGCUGGCGCUGGUGUUCUGGGUGUCGCGAGCAAGCUGCCCCAAAUCCUCACCAUCUUCCAGCAGGGUGGCACCGGCCAGCUCAGCGCCUUUGCUGUCUUCAACUACCUCGCCGGUUCCCUCUCGCGCAUCUUCACCACCCUCCAGGAGGUCGACGACAAGCUUAUCCUCUACGGCUUCGUGUCCGGCUUCAUCCUUAACGCCAUCCUCGCUCUCCAGAUGAUUUUCUACUGGAACGCCCCCUCCGAGAAGGCCAAGGGCAAGCGCAAGGCCACUCCCGUCAAGGCUAAGCCUGCGGCUGCUCUGUCAGCCUCCUCGACGGCCACCCCCAAGAAGAGCCCUACCACUCGCCGACGCGGUUAG